ACUAAUAAUUCUCUUAUUUCCAGACUCAAUAAAAUGGAGGAACAAGACGUCAACUGUAGCGUGUGUAUGGAGUCCUUCAACGAACAACACAACAGUCCACGCACUCUGAGGUGCGGCCACACCCUGUGCUCGCCCUGUAUAGAAGCUCUCCUCACCAAGUGUAUUGUGGAGAGGAACUGUCCCGAGUGCCGCAAGCCUCUGAAGAUCACGGCCGUCUGUCACGUCCCGGUCAGCUACACGAUACUGAGGAUGGCCAGCGCUCUGGCCAGGGUCAACGACGACCCUCCGGUGGUUAGAAUCCAGACCGAGGACGGGGAGGUGUGCACGGAUCACGGAGGCCCGAUAAUAUCCUACUGUACGGCGUGUGACGUGUGGAUGUGCCCGGACUGCCGAUGCGACGACGACCCCGCUAGAUCCGUCAACGUGCCCGAGGGUCUGCUGCACUUGAAGCGAGGGUUCGUGGAGAAGAUGGAAGACGGCGUCAAGUAUCUGAACGAGCGGAAGAACGAACUGGAGAAGGAGAGAGACGACGCCGACCGCCAGACCGCACGAUUCCAGAGGACACACCGCAUCGUGGGGAAGAGGCUCAAGAAACUGCAGGAGGCCAUCGGGAAAGUGGAGGAAUUUGAGGCUCUGGCGGUGGAGGCCGGGUCGUCGAGGAGACUCCAGAGGCUCAUAGACCGAGGAACGACGUACGCGGCCGAUGUCAGAACCUGGUUGACGUCGGAGCUAGAACCUCCUCAACCAUACCCGUGUAUUUCCGCUGCGUCGCUGCCCAAUAAUAGGGGACCUAUUCGGAAAAACGGCCACCUCGCCUUCGCUCGAGGAAUUCCGCCCCAUGUUACUUCACCCUGCCAGUUCGCGGAUUUAAGGGAGAAAUUGACAAUUAGCCAAAACAUGUACGCUAGACUUGACGAGACCGGCACAACGCGCUGGUCGAAAUUGAGCGUCCAGGGAGGAAAUCUGUUUCUACAGUCGCUAAUCUGUACGGCACCACCGGCCGGAGCAACGCAAAUCCCGUUCAUGGAGGUGAUGAGGUCGUACCUGGACUCGGGCAAAUGGAGGACAUUCAUGGACAUCCACUGCGACGACCGCCACGAGGGCCGAGUCUUCUUCCUCAUGUUCAACCGUUCCCGCCGAGCCAUCAACUUCGUCCGCCUCUGCACGGGUCAGAACGCUCCCGGCUAUCGGGGUCUGAGGCUUCACGACGGGUAUAGAGACGUGCCCGGGGUAGCGAGGCCGUUUCCCCUCGUUAAAGGAGGCGUCGAACUGGACAACUCGAGAGCCGUCCGCCCCAACACCGAGUUCAACAACUUUGACGAGGACAUCGAGAACAGGAACAUAUACGACAGAGCCGUUCAUCCUGGUCUGGUCACCGGAUCUAUGACACAUGAACAUGGCAAAGAGGCUCGGUUCUAUGUCAACCUCUCCUGUAAGACUGGCAUUGACACGGGUAGUUUCGGUAAAGUGACAAAUGGCCUCAGUAUUCUGAGGCAAUACUUUCAUACCAUUACUAAGGAGAACGCACAGCCAAUCAUAGGAGACUGUGGGAUUAUGGUGCCUCUAUCGUGAACUGUUUCUCAUGUUUGACCGUUUUAAUUUAGAUACUGUUAUCACUUGAAGAUUAUCCCAACCAUUAGUUUAUUUAACCUAACUUAAUCUACCCUAUCCUAUCUUAUGUUAACCUAACCUUAUCUUCUCCCUUUAUUAACCUAACUUAACCCCCCUCUGGUAGUAUCAAGGCGGCGAAGUAUUAGAUGUAAUUAGCCUGUGGGAUGGGGGUAAUCUUCAAGUAAGCGAGGUAUUGUUUCCUAUUGAACUAAACUACAGAGCACUGAUCAUGCUUAACUUUUUAUACGUUUCAAUUAAGAUUUCUCUCGUGUGUGUGUGUGUGUGUGUGUGUGAUGAGGAUGAAUGGUUACACAAUACAGACUCAAACACAAAUUACAUCUAGGUAUGGGACAGUAAGGUUCAGCUCUUAACGUCAUUAUAAGCUUUAACUUAAAAACUCGCCCGUGCUUGGGGGUAAUCCUAGAGCUUUUGUAACGAGGGUACAGUACACUGUUUUGAUAUUGUUUAUAAUGGGUUAAUACUGGACAAAAACUGCCAUGUUCCUUCAUAAACCAUUGUUAGUAAAUACUGUAACUGCUUGGUUGGUUCACACUGGGCCAGACACAAACCCAGGACUGUCUAAUCAUCAAGGUGGAAAGAAACUGGGUGUCUAAUCUCUACUUCAGUAUCCCACAAGGCCUACUUUGGCAGUCAGCUCAAGAAAGACUUACUGUUUAUAGAUUAAGUCAACUCAUCUAUACAGUAUUGUACGUAUAUAUAGUCAACCAUUGUCACAAACACGAAUGUAUAAACGACAUAAUCA